GUACCAAUCUUCACCAUUUCGCAAAAACUAGUGGCUGCAAACAAAACAAGAAAACACACAGUUACACAAAACAGCAUCCAUUUGCUCUUCUGCAGAAGAUCUUCUCCCACCAUUACCAAAAACCUUCCAUCCAGAAACAAUGGCCUUCACGUCUAUCUGCCCAUUACCCAUGAAGUCCACCAUCUCCAUUUCACACACCAAGUUCCCCCACCAUCGCCAGCGCUCUCUUCCUAAGUCUCCCCUCAAAUUUCAGUUGUCAGCCACAGCAAGACGAGAUGAAGUGGAAGAAGAACAAUUUCACAAUUGUUCCAUGCAUAAUGGUAGACCCCAGAAUUGGAAAGCAUUGGUCUCUGCUACACUGGCCGCUGCAGUUAUUAGCUUUGGUUCCAGUGGGUUCCAGGUUCCUAAUGCAGUGGCUGAACUUAACAAGUAUGAAGCCAACACUCGGGGUGAGUUCGGUAUAGGAUCAGCAGCUCAGUUUGGUUCUGCAGAUCUCAGGAAAGCAGUUCAUGUGAAUGAGAAUUUCAGGAGGGCCAAUUUUACAUCAGCUGAUAUGAGAGAAUCCGAUUUCAGUGGUUCGACAUUCAAUGGUGCAUACAUGGAGAAAGCAGUUGCUUACAAGGCAAAUUUCACAGGUGCUGAUUUGAGCGAUACAUUGAUGGAUCGCAUGGUUCUGAACGAAGCUAACCUAACCAAUGCGGUUCUGGUUCGAACCGUACUAACCCGAAGCGAUUUGGGUGGUGCCAUUAUAGAAGGUGCUGACUUCAGUGAUGCAGUUCUUGACCUUACCCAGAAGCAGGCACUAUGCAAGUAUGCGAGUGGGAAAAAUCCAGCAACAGGGGUGGACACCAGAUUGAGCUUAGGGUGUGGCAACAAGAGGAGGAAUGCUUAUGGUUCCCCAUCUUCCCCAUUGUUGAGUGCUCCCCCUCAGAAGAUCCUCGAUCGCGACGGCUUCUGUGACGAAUCGUCUGGUCUCUGUGACUCCAAAUAGAUCCAUCACUCAGAUUUGUUCCCGUACAUGAAGCAUGCUGAAACGAAGUCUUUCCACAAACCAGAACAAUCCAGUUUCUAUGCUUGAUAUUGGGGAGGAGCAGCAGGGACAGGAUUGUAGUUACAUACUUAUCAUGUAAUGUCAUUGUAGAUAUGAUGAGAAUGAACUACUACGAACGUCGCGCUUUUCGACAGACUCUGAUCGUUGUGAACGAACCGGGUUGGUUGGGUUGAAUUGCCAGGCCAAAAUUGAGAGGACAGAAAUUAAAGGGAAUCACUGUGGGCAAUGAUUUAGUUUCCUGCGUGCUGUUCCCUCAUGUAAACAGAAUUUGUACAAUCUGGUGGCCCUGUUCUGAAAUUCCAUGCCAUGUUAUUGUCUCCAACUUGACAUUAAUGUGGGCCUGAAUCGUCAAGGCACGGGCUAAUCUCAGUGGAGGUGGCUGAGUUCCAUUUAGUCCAUCCCAAUCUCUGAGGUUAACAUUCAUCCCAGACUUUCUGAAGCAGGGGAAGCCAUUAUUAUGCGACGUCUACAGUCACUCAACAUUAUUGUGUUCAGGUUUUGGACCAAUGAUGGUGGCAGAAUGCUGAGGAAGAUAGUCUUGCAAACAAGAGGUCAACUAGCUAGCAAAAAUGAAAAUAAUAGGGGCCGCUAUAGAGGAUCGCCUCUAGUGCUUGCUAAAAAUUAAAUCAAGAAUUGUAAAACCAUAUGAUUGUAUAGCUCGACUGAAAGGGAGAAUAUGUGAGCCCGAAAAGCGGUCAUAGGUUUAUUAUGAGCCCGUAGGGCGAAGAAACGAAGUUGCUUGCAUUUUAAUUAGAACAAGAAGGAGAGGAAGAGAAUAUAUGAGUCCGAGGGGAGAAGGGAAAGAGCGGGAGUGAGUGCAUCAUAGGUGUGAUGCAUGAACCACUAGGAAGCCAGAUUAGUUUAUAGUGAUAAAACUAUCUAAGGUAGGAAAAAAGCGCAGAGGUUCCAUGUUAAAGCACAGAGGGUAGGAACGAAAGGAAGAAAAGAGAGGUAGGAGGUAGAGGUAGAAGGGCGAGUGUUAGGUAGAGGUUACGUUCGUAGUAGUGUAGUUUGUACUUACACUAUUAUUUAACCUUGAUUGAACCAUCUCAUACCGAUAAAAUCACUAUACUUGCUUGAGUUCCAGCAAGAUCGUGGGUACAAAUUACAAUACAGUUCAAAUAACACGGCUAAAAAUGUUAAACGCUAGAGCUGAAGUCAUUACCUAUAUGGACUCUAUCUUGAGUUUUACAAGGGGGAAAUCUCUCAUUCUUCUCCCGUUUUGAUAACAUUUCUAAUUUUUAUAAGAUUCCCUCUACAUUUUUCAUACGUCACCUUUCACAUACAAUAAACUAACUUGAGUACAGAUGGACUAGUGACAACAUGUUUAGGGAUGGCAAUUUCGACCUGACUCAUUUUACCCGACCUGUUUGAUCUGUUUUUGGGUGGGCCCGACCCGCCCUGUAGGCGGGACGUGGCGGGCAUGAGUAUUCUCUUCUACCCGACCUGCCCUGACCCGCCCCAUUCUCGACCAUUUCUUGCCUAAAUUACAUGUAAUUUUAGUCAAAUUACUUAAGGUUUUCCUUUUAUUACAUCAUAUUUUAGCUAUUAUAAAGUUGUAAAUUAAUGAAAACCUUACUUUCUCUAAUAAUUCAACUACAUUUAUCAUAAUAUUUUUUAUUUUCUUGGUCUUAUAAUAAAAAUAACGAAUAUUUCUAAUGUUUUUCAUAUAAAUUGCAUACCCAUUGGGUUGACCUGCCCCCGACCCGCAACCCGUGAUAAAUUACCCGACCUGGACCCGACCUGCCACGAGACGGGUCUAGGUACCCGGAAACUCGCCCCGGACCUGCCCCAUUGUCAUUCCUAAACAUGUUCUACUUCUCCAUAAAUUUGGACUCGACUCACUCCCAAGUCAAGUAAUCUACCAACGAGUGGUGGAGGGAGCUGGAAGGGAGUGGGGUCCUAGACCCCACUUGGGUAAAUUAAAAUGGUUAAAUGUGUGUACAGACUUGUUUAAUUUAGGUAGAUUUAGAAUUCAGAACCCCAUUCAUAUGAAAUUUAAUUGUCCUAGUAUUAUGAAACACACCAAUAAAUUAGAUUAUAUUGGUCAUAUAUCAUUGAAAAUCCCCAAUUUAAUAGUCCUUAUUCUAUAAAUUUCUAAUUCUACUAAUAUGUGUACAAAACCUCAAGCUAUAUCUAAAAAGCUCUUAGUUCAACAAAUUUUUUCUAUCAAUAUAAAAUUUCUUUGUCUUCAAAUGUGUUUUAUAAAACGUUUGUGUGUAUUAGAUUCUGCUUGGGAACUAUUUAUUUUAGCUAGUUAUUGAAAUGUCAAUUUUCAAUUAAGAAUUACACAAAAUGUAAGGUACAAAUCUAAUAACUAAUGGUUUGAUGAAUGACUACUUGACUGAAUAUUUUUAAGAAAAUGUACUUAAUAAUUGAAUAUAAUGUUAUAAGAUUUUUUUCGUAAAUGAGACCCCACUAAACUCGAAUUCUGACUACUGCUACCAACCAACCCUAAUAAAAACAAAACCAAUCAUGCAUGCUACGCUUUGCCUUCAUUCUUCCUCAUUUGCCCAAUUUAUGCAAGUUGCUUGCCCUUUACUUUUGCGGCCUUCAGUUUGUUAAUACGGAAAGUGGACCACGCGGCAGCAAAAGAAAGAAAGCAACCGAUCCUUUCGAGAAGGGAACAUGAAAGGAAGAAAGAAAUAGAGCAAUGUCUCCUUUUAACGGUUGCCACUCUUGCAUUCCCAAUCAGGGAAUAUUGUGCCCUCCGACAAUAUUCAUGCUCGCUCUUGGCCUUGCCUUGUCUUUCUUUUGCACGCCUAUUAGCCCCAAGACUUGCCAAAACUGUUCAGGUUUGGACCAACAACAAGUGUCGUCACUUCUCUGGUAUGGUACAAAAUUAUAUAGGGUUUGGACAUCUUCAAGAAUGGUUGGUUAGAAUUAGUAUAAAAUUAGUUUGGUUGGAUGGUACUGCUGAGCAUUAGUAAACCCGUAUAUAUACGCCCAUGUACUGUACGCGUAGAGUAGCCCACGUAUAUAUAUAUAUAUAUAUAUAUAUAUAUAUUGUUGAGCCCAUGCAUUGGACGUCCAGUAUGUGUACGUAUAAAAGUACUGAACCAAUGUCAUAAUGCUAACACAACAUCGUAUUCGUCUACCUAGCUAGUCUGAUCCCACAAAGAAAGAAAGAAAGAAAGAAAGAGGAUUGACUACUUGAACUUAAGAACACUUUCCAUCGCAAUGAUAAUGUUGUUUAUAUAUAAUUGUCAUUCUGAUGAGGGAAGUGGGGAUAAAUGUGUGGAUGUGAACUGCUCCGAAAGCAAUCUCAAGACAAAUAAUCAUAGCUCAUCACAUGACAUGGUUUUUGUUUGUUGAAUAUACAGGAUAAACCUUCUUCCUGAUAAGUCAAUUUAUAUACUACAUUUAAUAAGCUUCACUUACAGAAGAAGAAAAAAAGUUUAUUUGAAUGAAAAAGGUCCACUUAUUUACUAGUUGAGAUGUCGAUAAUUUCUAAUAUAUGGCUGUGUUUUAAGUCGGCUACCUAGCUAGCCAACUUGUCCAUCAAUUUCGUGAGUCUCAAUCCAAAGGAAAGCUAUAUAUACAACAUGUAUGUAGGUAAUAACUCGAUGGAUCCGCUGCCUGCCAUGAUGAUGAGGGUGAACACUGAACAGCACGCCGCACUCAUUAUGUCUGUGGUUUUUUAGGCAGCAAGAAAACAUUAACGCCUCUAAGGUUUUCACAUUGCUUAAAAGGGAGUUUGAUCUCAUACUCAUAUAUAUUUCAUUAUUUUGCUUUGCAUGCCUCUUAUAUAUAUUGCCUUCACAUAUAUACCAGUCCAUCGGCCGUGAACACGAUCGUGAAUUGUUGCUUCUUUCGUUCUUUGCCUCCCUCGAUCGUGAACACGAUCAUUACUAGAGCUACUAGCUAAAGGAAUUCAUCUUUUCUUGUGGGUCAGAUUUAUACAUAUAUAGAUACCCUUCCAUAUGGUCCAUAGUUACCAUUUAUUCAAACUCAAUCUUUCAUUCGGUCAAGGUCCCUGGCCGGCUCAUUCUCUCCACCUUCUUCUUCUUCUUCGAUGCCACCUCCAUGGUAAGUUAAGAAUCUUCUUCAUAGCUCUAAUAUUGUCGUUCCUUGUAUGAAAAAUAACGAAAGGCUGAAAUAGGAAAUUUGGAUGGUAAGGUAUUGAUAGUUUCGUUGCUUGUGCAUGCAUGUCUCAGAUGGGUGGGAAUCGGGACGACAAAGCUAGCUUGUAGGAGAGACUCAAAAUUCUCAGCUGCUCGCUUCAUGAUCUGAAGUUCUGAUCAUUGAGAAAAACUGUAGUAUUUUCUGUCUCUAGUCUAUCUUAUAUGAACUUCUUGUUGUUGUUGUCGAUCGAUAAACUGCUUGAACCAAACUGCUCGAAAAAGGAUCAUUCCAAGACACCUUCUACGGUAUAGUAGAGUUCGUAUUCAUCGAUGAAGUUUUUCCAUGCAUAUAUGCACAUUCAUCAGAAUGAUUACUUUUAAAGAAUUUUCUCAUAUAUAUAUUAUGACCUGCAUUUGAGUGAGUUAGCAAAGAACAGUUCGCUGCUUACAUAAAUAAAAGUAUACAUAUAAUUUCACUAAUCUAUCGGCUCGAGUUAUUAAAAUUUCAUAUUUGAUUUUAAUAAGAUUUUCCGGAAUUG